AUGAAGUACCUCAUCGUUUUAUUCGUUCUUUUUGGAAUAGCCUCAUGUCACAAAUUGUCGAAAAGACAAUCAUCGAGUGAGAAAAGUUGUUCUGUAGCGAGAGAUCUCGGAAGUUCGAAUUGUGAUGGAGCGGCGCCGGGAAGGAAAUUCUUCUUCGACAAGGCUCAUGGUGUCUGUCAACCAUUCCAAUACAGAGGUUGUGGAGGAAAUGGAAAUCGUUUCGACUCGGCACAAGAAUGCAAAGAUUUCUGCGUGAAUGGACCUGGAGCACAAGCAUUGCAAGAGGAACAGAAGGAGAGUCCAUUGAUUGAGGCUUGUGGUGCUCUUUAUUCAACCGAUCACAUCACCGCUCAAUCCUGCGAAACAGCCGCCAAUUGUCCGUCAGAUGUCAAUUAUGAAUGCAAUAAAGGAUAUUGUUGUGCGAAAAAAGAAUACCUCUGCAAAUUGGACUAUGAUGCGGGAAAAUUCGCCGUCUCGGGCCCAGGAAAAUCGGAUCGAUAUUUCUACUCGACAAAUUACAAAGUUUGCAUGCGAUUUUCAUUCUACGGAUCACUCGGCAAUGAGAACAACUUCCCGUCAUUCAACACUUGCCAGAAAACGUGCGCCAAC